AUGGAUCGUAGAAACGUUGUAUUCAGUGUUGUGCAAGAUAGAUCAAAGAUACAAACAUUUGCACCAACUCUAUUUAAAAUGUCAACACAACAACAAACCGCAGAAAAAAGUGUUCAAACACAAGAUUUAUCGGGAUCAACAACAUUACUUGUUUCAAAUAAUCCUGUAACACAUAUUCAUACAGAAAAUACAGCUGCUGAAGUUGCAAAUACACUUGUUUCAAUGGCUACUGGACGACAACGAGGAACAACUGUUAAGCAAUUAAAUGUAAUUAGUGUUCCACCUCCAUCAAGUUUGCCAAUAUUAUCACUUGCUGAUUAUACAACACCAAGAGGUGUUCCAACAGCCAUGGCUUUAGCUAAUCAAGCUAAACUUACUCCAACAAAACAUAAUGAAAUGUUAGAAGGUGAUGAUGAUACAUCAAUGUCCACAGAUGAAUAUAGUCAAACACAAGAUGAUUUAAAAACUCGAACGAAAACAACACGAGGAAAACUACAUAAAACAGUAUCAACUUCAAAAAAUAGCAAACAACAAACUAUAGAACCAAUUCAUUAUGGUCCAAUUGUUGUGAAACCAAGAAAGAGUGUUGCACCAACACUUGCUAAUGGACGAAAAAGUAAAGAUGAACCCCUUCCACCAGAUGAAGAUGUUAAACGUAGACAACGUCGUGAUAGAAAUAAACAAGCUGCUGCUAAAUGUCGACGAAAACGAAAUGAACUUCGUGAACAAUUAGAAAAAGUUGAGCAAUCAUUAAUCGACGAACAAAAAUCUCUUGAACAUGCUGUUCAAACACUAAAUGAUCAAAAAAAUCAAUUAGAAGUUCUAUUACAUCGUCAUGUAUGUACAAAAAAAACACGUUUACCAAUAACAACAACAACACCUAUUAAUAAUUUAAAUAUUUCUAAAUCUGAUAUAAAAACAAUUCCAACAACAACGCUACUAGAUUCAAAUAAUAAUAAUGGAAAUAGUAAACGUGUUACUAUUAAUUUUACCAAUGCACAAGAUUUACUUGCUAUUGCACCAUUAACACGAUUAACAACAACUGAUGGUACAUCAUCGUCAUCAUCGACUGUACCUAUGAUAACAAUUCAUAUUAUUCCAGAAGUUGCACAAGCAUUACUUGGUUCAACAUCAGUUGAUAAAGCUAAGUUAGCUGAAUUACUUCAACAAGCUAAUGUAAAUAAUUCAUCAUCAACAACAAUAUCCGAUUCAGCCACCACAAAUACGUCUGCGAACAGUACAAGUUGA